AUGGACUGGCCGGCCAAGAAGUCGCCGCAGUCCGGCUCUGGCCUGGCGCAGCUUGCCGCCGGCCUCAACAAGCGCCUCGCGGACGAAAACCCCAGGACCAACCUCGUCUUCUCGCCGCUGUCCAUCUACACAGCUCUGUCGCUCCUGGCCGCCGGCGCCAGGGACACCACCCUGGACGAGAUCCUCCGCAUCCUUGGCGCGCGGUCGUGUAGCGAGCUCGAGAGCUUCGUGUCCCGCAUGGCGGCGGACGCGCUCCAGGACAGGUCCGCCUCGGGCGGUCCUCGUGUGGCGUUCGCAUGCGGCGUGUGGAGCGACCUUUCGCGGCCGCUGAAGCCGGCCUUCCGCGAGGCCGUCGUGGGCACGUACAAGGCCGAGGCGAGCACAGUCAACUUCCAGGGCGCACCGGAGGAAACGCGUGGCCAGAUCAACGCGUGGGCGGCUCAGGUGACCAGGAACCUCAUCCGCAACGUUCUCCCCAAAGGAUCGAUAAAUCCGGCAACAACUCGGGUCGUCCUCGGCAACGCCAUGUACUUUAAGGGCAAGUGGGAGGACCAGCCGUUCGACAGGAGGUACACCGUGCACGAACCCUUCCACCGGCUCGCCCGCAGCCAGGUCGCCGUGCCCUUCCUGCAGAGUACGAUGUCGCAGUUCGUCGCCGUGCACGACGGGUUCAAGGUACUAAAACUCCGGUACAAAAUGGUUGCGCCAGAUCACGAGGAACAUGUGCAUCCUCCUCCUUAUUUGGGCUUGAUUCUCAUCGUCCCUAUCCCAUGGUGCAACCAUGGCCGUGUUGGUCAGUCCGGUGAGUAUGGCGGCCCCGACCAUGGUGCUCCUUAUUCCCAUGCCCAUGUGAGGGCUUCAUACAACCGUCGGGGUCGGUCUGCAAAUUAUAUUUCCACCGGACCCCCACCAUACUUCCGUCAUCGUCCCUAUCCUCCUCCUCCAUUCCGCAACCCCACCUCUCCGUACGCCUAUCCCAGGCCAUAUCCUAAUGGUGCACUUGGUCGGUUUGGCCACCCUCCUAACCCACCAUAUAUCGCCCUCCCCCAUGUUCCAGGUCGGACUGGCUACCCUGGUAAUGCAUUUGGCAACCGCUACAAGCCUGAUCCUUGGGCAGGCAACGCCUAUCCAUCCCAGUGUGCUGCUCGGUCGGUGUUCUCCGGCUCCAAUCGUACCGGGUACACACAGUUCUCCAUGUGCAUAUUUCUCCCGGACGCCCAUGACGGCCUGUGGGGGCUGCUGGACACGAUUGCGUCCCGACCUGGGUUCCUGCACGACCACCUGCCGGAGCAGCAAAUCGCCCUCCGCGAGUUCCGGAUGCCAAAGUUCAAGCUGUCCUUCCAUAGCAGCAUCGUCGCCGUGCUCAAGAAGCUAGGGCUUGAGCUGCCGUUCUGUGAGCGUGGCAACCUAUCUGAAAUGGUGGAGGGCGAUGGCUCUGGCUUGCCGAUAGUGGUGGGGGAUGUUAUCCACAAGGCUGUUGUCGAGGUAAAUGAGGAAGGAACUGAAGCCGCCGCUGUCACUGUGUUGGUUGGGGCUCUUGGAUGCGCAAGGCCUCCGUCACCUCCAACACCUCCGCAGGUGGAUUUCAUUGCCGACCAUCCAUUUGCCUACUACAUAGUGGAGGAGGCAACCGGAGCUGUUGUCUUCGCGGGGCACGUCCUCGACCCUUCCAAGGAGUAA